CGUUUGUUUGACUCGCAAAGAACCAUUUAUUAGAGAUUGGUAUCUUUUGUUUGAAACUCAUCCAAGCAUUAGCAAUCCUCCAAAUCUCAAUGAGGAAACGAAUAAAGAACCUGGAAUUGGAAUGAUUGUACCAUAAAUGGGAGAGAGCCCCAGAAAAGAGCAAUUAGCAGAGGGAAUCAACCCAAACAAGCCAAGCAAUUCCAUGAAUCCUUAAUGCCCAAGUAAAUGACCACCCAACUCUCUCAUUAUCGAAUCGAUUCCAAUUCAACCGUUUAAACCCCCAACAACACUCUUGGUGCAACCAAAGUACCAAACCCAUAUGAACAACUCAAAAUCUCAUUCAUUCAGACAUUUUGGGCGCAUUGAUUCAAUCAUUGUAGUUUCAUACCCGGAAAGAGUGAGUGAGAAAUGGAGGGGAAGUGGUUGCUGAUAAUGUUGGUGUUGGUGAUGGGUUGGUCUGUAACUCUGACAUCAGCUUCUUUUGGUGAUCGGUAUCGGGGAAGGAAAUCUUUUCUACCGACGGAAGCGACGUCGUCUUUGGCGUUCAGCCGUGCACCAUCGUCCAUUGUGUUACCUGUUCAUGGAAACGUGUACCCAAUUGGGUCAUAUAAUGUUACCUUAAACAUUGGUCAGCCUCCAAAGCCCUACUUUCUCGACCCCGACACCGGUAGUGAUCUUACAUGGCUCCAGUGUGAUGCUCCUUGUGUGAGAUGUACUGAGGCGCCUCAUCCAUACUACCGGCCCAACAAUGACCUGGUGCUCUGUAAUGACCCUCUCUGUGUAUCCUUGCACGCACCUGGUGCUCACAAAUGUGAUAAUCCAGAGCAAUGCGACUAUGAAGUUGACUAUGCAGACGGCGGCUCAUCUCUUGGUGUACUUGUAAGGGAUGCCUUUCACCUCAACUUUACAAAUGGAAUCCAGCAAAUACCUCAUAUGGCCCUUGGGUGUGGAUAUGAUCAACUUCCUGGAUCAUCUUAUCAUCCCAUAGAUGGAGUUCUCGGCCUUGGCAAGGGAAAAUCCAGCAUCGUCUCACAACUUGCUAGUCAGGGUCUCGUGCGAAAUGUCGUUGGUCAUUGUUUGAGUUCUCGAGGUGGAGGGUAUUUCAUCUUUGGGGAUGACCUCUAUGAUUAUUCACGAGCAGUUUGGACACCAAUGUCACCUGAUUACUCCAAACAUUACUCACCUGGAUUUGCGGAACUUAUAUUUGAUGGGAAGUCUACUGGAUUUAGAAACCUAUUCAUGGUUUUUGACAGUGGGAGUUCUUACACUUACCUCAAUUCUCAGGCUUAUCAUUUUUUAACUUCAUGGUUGAAGAGGGAACUAAAUGGAAAGCCUCUGAAAGAAGCUCCAGAUGACAGGACUCUCCCACUCUGUUGGAAAGGUCGAAAGCCAUUUAAGAACAUACGUGAUGCCAAGAAAUACUUCAAGCCCUUAGCACUGAGAUUUGCCAUUGGAAGAAAGGAUGCAGCACAGUUUGAAUUGUCCCCUGAAGCUUAUCUAAUAAUAUCGUCCAAGGGAAAUGUUUGCUUGGGAAUUCUGAAUGGUACUGAAGUUGGCUUACAAAAUUCAAACAUCAUUGGAGACAUUUCAAUGCAAGAUAAGAUGGUCAUUUAUGACAAUGAAAAACAGAUGAUUGGAUGGACUCCUCGAAACUGUGAUCAACUACCCAAGUCUAGAAGCUUCAGCUUCUGGUGAUGCUUCAUGAGUUCUCAGACUUGGGCUAUAAUGGUUUGUGCUCACAGACCAUUGUUCAGGAGUAAAAAUAAUCUCAGGUGUAUAUUUUAGGAGGGGGGAUAGUGCCUAGUUCUAUUGAAUGGUCUAUAUAUACUCAACCAAUAUAUGUUGGUGAAAACUUAUUGUAACCCAAAUUCUAUUCUCAGGCAUAUCUAUCAGGAGGGGGAUAUAGUUCUAUUUUUACUGUAUAGUCUAUAUUAUGUGUGUAUGUACAUUGAAGCUUACUCAAUAUUAAUUUCCAACCAAUAUAAAGUGACUGCAAGUUA